GAAAAUCGUGACAUUAAAGAUCCAGAUUUGUUUGAGGGAGACAUGAUUCUUACACCUGAGCAGCGUGCUUAUGCCAUGAUGGGACUGGACGUUUCUGCACCUAACAAACAAGGAGCUGCGAGUAGAGGUCCACUUUGGCCUAACGGAGUUUUGAUCUACGACAUUUCACCAGUACUUGGUGAGCCUUUUUCUUACAACACAGUACCAACCAAUCAACGCUUAAACCAAACAAAAAACUCACUGAUUUCGUACAAAACCUCUGAUUUUCUUUAACAUAACUUUUCUUGUAGCUAAUAUUCCAACAGCAAUGGCAGCCAUAAUAGCGGGGAUGGAUGAAUGGAGCCGUAAGACGUGCAUCCGCUUUAGAAAACGAACAACUGAGACGGAUUACGCCUAUUUUAAAUAUGGCUCGGGGUAA